UACGCGCGCUGGUUUAAUUCCAAAGUAACUGAAAACGAGAUCUCUACGAAUUGCCCUGCCCAUCCCCUCGCUCUCCCGUCACGCCAUCCCUCCCAUGACAUGCCGUUCUGGUGUGUCGUGUUCCACGUUUGCUUGUGCAAUCUCCCAUUCUCACGCGGUGCUUGUGUGAUCUCUCAGUCUUACAGCGCGAGGGCGCGUGUUCAUAGACUAUUCUGCAGCCGAAGCGCGGGGGUUAUACGCACACGUCUCUACAGUGUUAGCAGGUGUUUGCUGUCGUAAUCGCUUGCCUCUGUGUGCGUGUGCCUCUGUGUAGAGAGAGAGAGAGAGAGAGAGAGAGAGAGAGAGAGAGAGAGAGAGAGAGAGAGAGAGAGAGAGAGAGAGAGUUGGGAGAGGUUUGGUUAGUGGUAUGCAGGGAUGAGAGCGCAAAGGAAGUGGGAAUUGACGUGGGGGAGAGAUGGAGAGGGAGAAGGAGGAGAUGAAGAAGAAGAAGCCGAUAUGAGUAAGGGCACGGGAGGGGGGAAUGCAGUGUACCCAGGGAUUGUUGUGGUCUGAAUAGUCACAUAGAUCCGGAUAGAGUCCUUGGGUUGGUUUUUGUGUUUCCCCCCUGUUUCAUUUUUUUAAUCCCCACCAGUUUUGAUGCCUCUGUGAUUACAAGCGAGGGGGAGAAGCAGCACCCGUACUUUAUUAGACUACUUUACGUAUUAGCUCCCGUGGUACCAAAUUAGGGAUAUGAUCGAGAAGAUGGUAAGGACAUGACAAGUGGGAGCAUGAUGAGUGGAGAGGAGCACAGUCGAAGAAAGGUGUUUUCUGUGUCAAUUGAAGAAAAGAAAAGGUACUUUCUGUGACAAUUCAGCGAACUCACAUGGCCUUGCGACAGCAAUAGGUCUGCAGAGAGAUGGAACGAAGAGAUUUCUGGGACUUGGGAUGACUGGAUUUGGAAAUUGACUGGCGAUCGAUGGUUUCGCUAACCCCCCUCCCCCUUUCCUUUUGCCCGCUAAUGAUUAUUUCUUUCACAGUGUUCGCCUUCGGUGAUACCGAGGAGGCAGCGGCAAUAGUCGGACGUCAUCACCAAAGCCCGACGGGGAAAAGUCUUGGAACGAGGCGGUGUGCGGGCUUACUGUAUGGAGAAAAAAGACGAGGGUUGUUAGGUUAUGGGUCUCCGUGCACUUGGUUUUUGUGCUGAUGGUGGUGGUAGUGGUGAUUGUAGGAGAAAGCCAUAUCUACGGGGGUUUCCUAUUUGGGAAAGAAGACGUUAACGAGAGCAGGGUGGUGCUGGUGGCGGUGAUUGUAGGAGGAAGCCAUAUCCACAGGCAGGGUUUCCUAAUUAGUCAAGAAGACGUCAACGAGCAGGGUGGUGGUGGUGGUGGUGAGGUUUCCUAUUUGGGAAAGAAGACGUUAACGAGAGCAGGGUGUUGCUGGUGGCGGUGAUUGUAGGAGGAAGCCAUAUCCACAGGCAGGGUUUCCUAAUUAGUGAAGAAGACGUCAACGAGCAGGGUGCUGGUGGUGGUGGUGAUUGUAGGAGGGAGCCGUAUCCACGGGGUUUCAUUUUAGGAAAGAAAGACUAAGAGGACUGAGUUGAAGAGGAGUACCAUCUCUUACUAGAUUUCUUUAUCCGUCUCCUCUCUCUGCCCUCCUCCUCCUCCUCCUCCUCCUCCUCCUCCUCUUCUCCCAUCUGCGCACGCAGUCGCUCCUCUUAUCAAUAAUCUCUCCAGGAAUCAGCAGUCACGAAUUUCAUGCCCUGAUCCCGAUCUGCGAGUGUGAAGCUCCAUCGCAGCCGAAAUUCGUCAUCGAUGUUUUGCGCUACCCCCCCCCCCCCCCCUUUCUUCUUCCGUCCAGUCGCACCAUUUCAGGGGCAUUGUCGGCACCCACGUAACCUAGCGUUUCCUGCACUCGUUUCCUGUCUAUCCUUUUUCGCAUCCGAUCCACGUGGCUGAAUGGUACACACAUGAGCAAUUGUAAACAGAUCACGUGUGGGUCCUAAGGAGAUCUACAGUAAUUCUCUUUCCCUCGUCGUUUUUUUAGUUUCUCCCGGAGCAUGAUAAUCUCGAUGUAGGCAGUCUAGAGCUCAAGGGCAGAACGGGCCUCUAUACUCUGCGGGUGGGAAGUUUUGGCAGGUUCUGGGCGGGCUAGCAAACAGCCCCUUGAUGGGACUGGCUGGUGCGGAACCAGCCGACAAAUCACGUCUCGUUUCGCAGACAACCGGCCGCCGUCGGUCGGGAUCUUAUACCUUCUCCGAGCUACGUACAGCUCCCUUGAACACGUCACUGAUCGAUUGCUCCUGCAGACAACUACCAUAGCGAACAGGCUACGCAGUUCAAUCUUCUUCUUCUGCUUCUUUUUUGUCUGCUUCUUCUUCUGCGUCUUCUUCUUCUUCUGUUUUGUCUGCUUCUUCUUCUGCUUCUUGGUCUGCUUCGUCUGCUUCUUCUGCUUCUUCUGCUUCUUCUGUUGUCCUGUGAAUCGCUUUUGUGAUGUCCUGCUUGCCCUUGCUCCAGUCCUGCCGUCAUCUGUUGCUGCUGUGGCAUGAUUGUGGUAGCCAGCGCAGCUCUCCUCAUUUCGCGUUGCACUUCUCUCUCCCGCGUAACGAUAGAUAACGAUUGUAUUUAUCGCCGCUCCUGUCUGCUUCUCGCUCUGCCCUACACUUUGGGUCCUUCUAUCGCCUCCCGCGCUCGAUGAAAGACAUAACGGAAAAAAGAGAAGUCAGGAGGAAAAAAAAAAAACGACAAGGUGUACGGUCUCUUUGCUGGGAAAGGGUAUCCGAUUCGAAAAACACAGCGGCGUCAGGGUAUUCCGAUUGUGACUGAGCACUCUCGCGGCACUCGUUGCCACGGCAGAAGAGGAGAAAGGAGAGAGAGAGAGGGGAUUAGGAGGGUAGGGAGGAUAAGUCCGGGCUGUCAAUUUGCCAAAGGCAUCUUCUUCGGUGUCAUCAUGUCAGUGAAACGUCUCCCAUCUAUGUCUCAGCUUCAGAGUCUUACUCCUGUCCUCUGCGAGGCUGAAGAGAAGAACGGAUAACAUCACUAGAACCAGGAGAAAACGGCACUAGAACCAGGAGAAAAUGGCACUAGAACCAGGAGAAAACGGCACGAGGUCUGUUCUCUGGUAUGGCUGAUGAGAAGGUGAAACAUCACUAAAACCAGGAGGAAACAUCACGUGAAUAGUCAGGAGAAACUUCACCUGGAGGAGAAAAGGAGAAACCUAGCAUCACUAGAAAAAGGAGAAACAUCACGAGAAGAGUCAGGAGAAACUUCACCAGGAGGAGAAGAGGAGAAACAUAGCAUCACUACAAGGAGGAGAAACAUCACGAGAAGAGACAGGAGAAACUUCAGUAGAAGAGUCCGGAGAAACUUCACCAGGAGGAGAAAAGGAGAAACAUAGCGUCAGUUGUCAGGAGAAGCAUCAGGAGAAGAGUCAGGAGAAGCAUCAGGAGA